AUUUAAGGUCGAAAUCAUUUUUAUUUUGAUAAAAUUCACGCAAAUUUCCAUGUUCGGCCCAUUCAGUCACCAAAUACCAUUGAUUUCCAUCAGAAAUCAUUCCAUGAAAUUUUAUGAUGUUUUGCCAAUCAUGAAGUUCUUUAAGAAUUGCAACUUGUUUUUGUACAGUCACUUCGUCCUCUCCUCCAGAGAUAGUUUUAAAAGCGAAUUCAGCACCUUUAUUUGUUUUUUCAUACCAUUUAGUUACACGUCCAUUCUUACGUGGUUUCUCAUUAUCAUCCCGUUCAUAAUCAGAAAAUUCUAGUGGAUGUACCUGAAAGACAUCGCUAAUUUUUGUUUGACCUUUAAAUUUUCCUUUUAUUGUUUUAUACAUUGCAUUAACUUUUAUAAUUGUUGAAAAAAACUUUUUACUUGAGUCUGUGAAGCAGUCGUUAUCAUCAAUACCAGCCACCAUUCCUUGUAGAUAUUUAAAUAAAUCAUCUUGAUCGGAUUUUAAUUGUUCAAGUUCAUCAGCAAUUUCAACGUUAAAAGAAAAAGACAAUAAGUUAAUACAACUGUCGAAUUCCAUACAUAAUUUUUUAAAAAUUUUCUCAACACUUUUCUCUUUAAGGUAUUUUAUCAAAGUUUUCAUUAGAGAGAUUUCUGAUAUAAAUUUUUUAAUUUGUUUUAUAAUAGUAGAUAAUUCUUGUAAACGUAUAUAAUUUAUUUUAUUAAAAAAAUCUUCUCU